CUUGUCACCCGCGGUCGCUUCGGGCGGGGAUCGGUGCCACCGAGCGCAAAGCCUGCCUCGCCCCCCUUCCCCGUCCCCCCCAUCUCCCACCGCCCAGUCCCCGGCGGCGAUGAGACAGAGCGGCGCCUCCCAGCCCCUGCUGAUCAACAUGUACCUGCCAGAUCCCGUCGGAGACGGUCUCUUCAAGGAAGGGAAGAACCCGAGCUGGGGGCCGCUGAGCCCCGCGGUUCAGAAAGGCAGCGGACAGAUCCAGCUGUGGCAGUUUCUGCUGGAGCUGCUGGCUGAUCGCGCGAACGCCGGCUGCAUCGCGUGGGAGGGCGGUCACGGCGAGUUCAAGCUCACGGACCCGGACGAGGUGGCGCGGCGGUGGGGCGAGCGCAAGAGCAAGCCCAACAUGAACUACGACAAGCUGAGCCGCGCCCUGCGCUACUACUACGACAAGAACAUCAUGAGCAAGGUGCAUGGCAAGCGCUACGCCUACCGCUUCGACUUCCAGGGCCUGGCGCAGGCCUGCCAGCCGCCGCCCGCGCACGCCCAUGCCGCGGCCGCAGCUGCUGCCGCCGCCGCCGCCGCCCAGGACGGCGCGCUCUACAAGCUGCCCGCCGGCCUCGCCCCGCUGCCCUUCCCCGGCCUCUCCAAACUCAACCUCAUGGCCGCCUCGGCCGGGGUCGCGCCCGCCGGCUUCUCCUACUGGCCGGGCCCGGGCCCCGCCGCCACCGCUGCCGCCGCCACCGCCGCGCUCUACCCCAGUCCCAGCUUGCAGCCCCCGCCCGGGCCCUUCGGGGCCGUGGCCGCAGCCUCGCACUUGGGGGGCCAUUACCACUAGACGGGGCGGUCGGGUGCCUGCGGCCUCGCCCGCACUCCCAGAGUCUCGCCCGAUCCCAUCUGCAUCCCGGGGAGGGGCCCGGGAGCCUCCGCCAACCGUCCUCUAAUCCAGAGUUUACUCCACCUGCCGCACUUAGCAGGUGGACGGGACCGGAGCUCCCUCAAUCCUUGUCUGAUACUAGAUUUGCUCCCGUCCCACCCCGCAGUCCCCUGAGGAGGGCGAUGUGCGCCCUUUUUCACUUUUUUUCUUCUCGGUCUCCAGGUCCCGGAGGGGAUUUGUGGGCCUCUGUUGUCUCCCCACCACUCCAGUGCAUUUCCGCCUGGCUGCUUGAAGCCCCAUUCAAUAUCACUUCUCUUUAUCAAGUGCCAAAUCUUUUCCCACUUUUGCUCUUCCCCAAGGAACUGCUCCCACCCCAGCACGUGGAGGCCUCUCACGGUCCUCCUUCCUGUGACCUGAGCAGGUUUGGUGAAAGCCACCGUCCUCCAUGACACACGGCUCCCUUCCUCCUGUCCCCACACUCGCAGGAAGGCCCAGUGUGUUUCUGACCCUUUCCCCAUUAAAGCUCCUGAGCUCUC